UUGCGAGCAUUCUUUAAUGAAAUGAAUUAUGAAAAGCUAACUCAAACCAUGAAAGUUACUGUGCAGUAAGUGUUAAACUGUGCAUGUUAAGUGGUAGCUUAUUUAAUACUUUAGUCGAAAGUAUAAUGAUUUAACAACACGCAUACGGCCUGGGUGCAUAUCUUGACCUGACUAAGAACCCGAAACGCAGUGCCAACUGUUCAGUUAUGAGUAAUACAAGUAAUAGAUAUCCUCAAUCAUUUGAGGCAAAGAAAUCCAAGGUCGAGUAGAAGAAGUAGAUUCAGAAAAACAGCGCACUCUUUGACUCACUCAAUCAUUUGGAGGAAUUUUUUGUGCCAAAGCAACAGAAAGUGCCGCAUUUGUUGUUGCGUUUGUUUAGUGUGGUUUUGCCACUUUUUUUUUGUAUGAAACGUGAUAGCCGUCCAUGAUGCUAAUAAGUGUGUUGACAAAACAGUUUUGCAAACACACACACAGUGGCUGAGCACCGUGUUGCCAUUCCACAUCAGCAGCAUAAUGAUGACAUUGCAAAAGAAAGUGUAAUUCCAGGAUUCAGAAUAUUCGCCAUGCAGCUUUAAUUUGCUCUAUCUGGCUACAGUUCUAUUGGUGAAUUAAAAAUUAAACAAAAGUACAAUAUGUUUGAAUAAACCAACAAAAGGAUAUACCAGCAAUCAGGAUAUCAAUCCACGAUCGCCAAAUUUUUUAAACCAGAAAGCAUCGAAUAGACAUACAUUUAAUGUUCAUUAUUACAUUAAUAUUCUAUGAUCUAUUCCAUUGCUUGGCACCUUUCCAGGUACGGAGGAAGAAACUUUCAUCCUUCGGACAUUGGACAGUAAUUAUCAGUAACUUGAUUUUUGGAUUCAUUUUUUGUUUACGAUUUCUUACAUGGAAAGAUCAAUAACUUGUACGCAAAUGUUAACUAUUUAAUUACAAUUAAAAAGAAAAACCCAUCGUCCUUAAUAAUUCUAUGUUGAUGCAACACGUGCUCGCUCUGCUGACAUUUGUUUACUUUCUAUUUGACUUAACGAUUGACACUAAGGUCAUGACAUAUAAUCACGCUCACUACAUUUCGAUUAUUCCCUGUGUUGUUGUUGGGAUCGUUGGUCCUUUGUAGUAUGCACAACAUUCGGUUUGUUAGAUCGUACGUCGAAGUACAAGACCAUGAGGCUGUAAAGUUGCUUUAAACACAAAAAUGGCGAAGAAUAGACGAUUAAGUUCAAACCUUCUUUUAAUGAACAUUUUAAUGCGAAAUAAUUGUUUUCAAUUAUUUGAAAUAUGUUACUAGCUAAGCUAUUAAUUUCCGACAAAUUGGUUAACAAUGUUCAGACCAUUCAUUUCGCGAGCAGCCGUGUCGUGUCGUUGCGCAUCUGACCUGACAUAGUUGAUAAGAUUUAGCGAAUGCCGGCUGUUUCAAUAAGUGUUGAACAUGGGAUUGCACAUGGAAGUGUGAUAACGAGAAUAACGAGGAAGGGUAGUAGUACCUCAAACGACACAUAUGAACGUUAUCAGGACGCUGGUAGAUAGAAUGGGAAGCUGAAGGCUGAAUGUUCGAUCGAACGUGCAUUAGACAUGAAAAACUAUGUUCAGACACACAUUAAAAAAAUAGGUGCCAAAACACAUAUGGGCGCGGGCAAUGAUUUCACAACCCUUUUUGCAACGUGGUCUAUGCGUUGUAAUUUAUUCGUUUAUUAGAAAACGAAAACAUCUUGCAUAGAAUACUAGGGCUUUUCACUAAAUUUGUCCUUCCAUGUAAAAAAAAUCGGCGCCAUGUUUUGAAAUUAUGUGCUAUUAAUUACGCAUUAUCAUAAAAUAAGACACAUUUGGUUUGAGUCAAACCCCAAACCUCAUUCGAUCGUUAAACGAUCGAUAGACAAUUGUAUAUCAAUGAGACUUCAUUCGGUUGCUAUCCUCGAUUGAUGUAUGUACAAGUCUUGUUUAAAAUCGAAGGAUAACUACUUCCUCUGUUGUACCAUUCUGGGCCAUGGUAAAAUGUCAAUUUAUAAAUCAAUGAACAAGUAUCAAAGUGCUUAAAAAAUAAUAUUUUGUCAUAGUAGAGGUUUGUUAAUAUUUAGCUUUUGAUGUGUACCGAUGACGUCAAAGCAAUUCCAAUCGCCGUGUGAAAUUCGCAAGAGUUCAUUUACCUUCACGAAUCGAAAACAAAACACAAUUCAAACGUGUUUAGAUUCAAGUUUGAUUAUAUUUUUAAGUAAAUUUUCUCACGAUCUGUAGCGCAGUGUCAUAAAAAAAACUGUUUAUGUUUCUACCUUGUUACAAAGAAGCCCAUAAAAUCAAACUCCUAAAGCGUUAAGUUAAGCCUAUAAAAUGAAGAAUCGACCAGCAUGGGGCUUGUACCAUAUCAUGAAAGUUCGCCGGGAUUUUUUUUCGGGGUUUGUCCCGCCUAAACAAACAACUUUUUGUCAACAGAUCAACCACUCGCAAUCAUUUCUUCCUGUUCUACAGGAAAAAAGUGACGCAAUUUUAAUGUCCCGAAAGCGCUGCUCCAGCAGAGAGGGAAUUUUAAACUUCUUCUUUCCAUUUCCAUUCGCCUUGACUGAUACUGUUUUUGAAGGUCAACACGUCGAUCGUGCAUUUGCUGUUGCAUGUGUUUAUUCGCUUUCGAUUAAAUCCGUCCUUCAGCGUGUGAAGAAGGUGCUUCCGAUCGGUGCUCGAUGCUAAUGCUAUGUAAAUGGGUUGGUGACAACAAAAAAAACGUAACAGAAUCACCGACAAACCGGUAUCCGAAGCGCAGGACACGACAAACGUAAUGAAACUACCUCCAUUCAACCAGUCCGACGAAAGUUUGGCCGGCUUUUGCAGGUGACCAGCAGUUGGCAAAAGUUGUUCAAAAAAGCCGGUUCUUGAAUCCGAUACGCAUUUUGAAAGAAUAUGGUGCAAUGUGAUUUGUGUACGGUUGAAUGUUUCCUUUCCUCUACACGGUUAGUUCGAUAAACAUUCAUCAUUCUGCUUGCUGCGAGACUGCCUAGCUGCUAAACUUCAACUGCCCUGCAACUGGAAAAGGACAAACCUGCUGCUUCAUUGGCGCAUCCCUUCAUGAUCCGCAUCGAUCCGUUAGCGUUCUCAUCGAUCGAUCAGUCCAUCGGCCUUAGUGGCCUUCGAAGUGUGCUAGCGAGCGCAUGUAUUCGUUGGUGAUCAUACAGCUGGAAGCAACUGCGAAAGCUGCAAACGUGCAAUUUUCUUAUGCAAACAGCAAACGAAACAAGUGGAGCCGGUGUUUGAAGCGCUGAGGUAUUGGCACGAGAAUAUUUUUACCAAUGGCACAAAAUCGGCACUGUCGGCAAUCAUUCGGUGUUUAAAUUGCCGAUUCAUCCUGUUUACUUUGGUGUUGCUUAAUUAUUCCCGUUUCCUCCACAACGGUUUUCUAACGGAGGUUUUUGGUGUUUUAAGUUUAUUUUCCAAAUCAAAAUCUUCCACUGGUUUUGUUUUGUGAUAGCGAUUUGGUUAAAAAAAAGAAAGAAACAACUGAUAUAUACUGCAUGUUAUGCGGUUUUGUGUAGCGCCGAAUUAUUUUCAUCGUUUUGCUGCUUAGUUUCUGGAAGUAUUUGGCACGUGCUUAAAUUGUCACCAUGGAUGAAAAGGAAGUUAACUUCUUGCCGAAACCGAAAAUGCCGAAAGUGGGAUGCUUCCGGGCGAUUUGUGAUCGCAUUCCGGCCCGCUUGGUGCUGUACUUUCUAUCCUGGUCCGGGUUUCUGGUAUCGUUCGUAAUGCGGAACGAUAUCAACUUUGCCCUGGUGGCAAUGGUACAGGAUCCCAGCUCGAACUCUACCGGCAACGAUCACUGCAACACGGGAGAUAGCUCUGUACCCUUACUGGAAGAGGGUGACGAUUACAACUACACGCUUUCGAUGGCCAACGCAACCACAACCGUGCUGCUGGAUGGACCUGCCUUCAUCGAUGAUAUCAAGUUUGACUGGGACUCGACCGUGCAGGCCGUCAUCAAAUCAUCCUUCUACUGGUGCUACGUACUGUCGCAAGUAGUUGGUGGUGUGGCCACACAGUAUUUUGGCACCAAGAAUGUGUUCGGAUGGUCCCAAUUCCUCACGGCAGCUUGCAGUUUGCUUAUACCGCACGCUGCGGAUUUGCAUUACGGUGCCGUGAUACUGCUACGAUCGGUGCAGGGCUUCGCUAGUGGGCUUACCUGGCCGGCCAUGUACGCCAUCGUAGGCUACUGGAUACCUCCGGUCGAGCGAAGUCGGUUCAUGAGCAGCUUCCAGGGGUUUAGCAUCGGCAUUGGGUUGACAUAUCCGCUGUGCGGUUUCAUCAUUGCCCAUUUUGGCUGGCGACAGGUAUUCUACACGACUGGUACGAUCGGUAUGGUUUGGUGCGUGUUUUGGUAUCUGCUCGCCUACAACACACCCCAGGAGCAUCCGCGCAUCACACCCGAAGAGCUGGAGUACAUCGAGCUAAAUGUGAGCGAGGAUAUUAAGAAUGGACAGGGAAUGCGCGUACCGUGGCGUCGCAUCUUCACCUCGAUGCCGGUGUGGGCGAUCGGACUGACCACGUUCGGACGCAUUUGGGUGCACUACACGUUCAUCAUGUCCGGGCCGGAGUACAUGCAGAAGAUCUUCUGCUUCGACAUACAGCAGAACGGGUUACUGUCCGGUGCGCCAUUCCUCUGCUCCUAUCUGUCAUCUGUACUGUUCUGUUACGUAGCGGAUCUGCUGAUGGAUCAUAAGACGCUUACACUUACCAACGUCCGCAAGCUGUUUACCGCCUUGUCCCAGAUCGUGCCGGGUGUGCUGGUGCUGCUGGUUGGCUACCUAGGCUACCAGAUUGUGACGGUGCUGAUAUUGUGGUUUGUCGCAGUAACCUUCAUCACGGCGUCGUAUGCAGGCGCAAUGGCUAACAUCGUCGACAUUGCCCCGAACUUGGCCGGACCUGUGCUGGCAUUUGCUCAGACCAUCCACAUGACCGCUUCCUUUCUACAGCCGCUCGUUACCGGUUUCAUGGUGACUGAUUCGCAAAACAUUAACCAGUGGUUGCACGUGUUUGGAGUAUCGUCGGUGGUGGCGAUCAGUACGUACCUUAUCUACCAGGUGUUUGGAACGGCGGAGAUACAAUCAUGGAACUAUCCCGUUCCCGAUCCGGAAAUAACAUCUUCGGAUGAUUCGGCCGUGAUUGCCAACCAGCCAAUGAUUAAGGUUGAACCAGGCCUCAAAUUUGACGACGACGAUGAAGACGACGAUUGAAGAAUGGAAGGGACACUACUGAUCGAUACGAUAUUGUACCGUGUUUCGGUUUUCUUUGCACUCGUGACAACAAAUAUUGUUAAACAAAAGAUACUUAUAAGACGAGUGAUGGGAAGUUGUAACAAAAAUUCCACUUAAAUUUUAAUUAAAACUGAUCCGGAAGAGCACUAGAUAUGUAAUACGUUAGUGAGGGAAGAAAUAUGUGAUUAAUUCGAUAAUGAAACGAAAGGAGAGAAAGAGAGAUAGGGAGAGAAAGAGAAAGAGAAAGAAACCGUUAAGAUAUGGAUGUGAAAUGAAACAGGAAAUCAGGGAAAACUUAGAACGGAAACGUGUGUUUGUGUGUGUGCGUGUGAUUGGAAGUUUGUGCAGUAUAUUUGUAUGUAAAAUGGAGAAAUAAGAAGGAGAAAAAUGAAGAAUGUUAUAACCGAAAUCACAAUAGAAUUCUGGCGGUGGUCAAUAUUGCUGAACUAGAUUUGAAAUCUGGCCUUCUUAUACAGAGAGGUUUGAUUUAGUCGAGACUUGAAGCUACCGUGUCAUGCGUUAUUGACUAUAGUAUUCGACUGGCCCUAAACUAGGUAGUUUAUCGUUAACAUAACACAUUGGUGCAUACUACAUUUUGCUACUCCUUUCGCUAAAAUGUAAGAAGUGCAUUGACAAAAAUAAGUUUAGCGGCCACAUACUUCUUAGGAAAUGGGUAGGAACAGCGCACACACACACAUACGCAUGCACACAUAUGUGCAAAGUUGUGUAAAGUUUACCUUUUUUACAUUGCCAGCAGCAGAGCAGAUGAGCGUAUUUUUAAGUAUCUUUAGUUAACACUUAAGGAUAGCUAUUCUUUGUGUAAGCGACGAUCCAUCGAGAGUUCUUUUUGUUGCAGUUGUUGAUUUCUUUUGUCAGUUAUUAUUUACUGUACGUUAUUUCCUUUAUUGCGUUACUCUAUCUAUUUUGUUUGUUUAGUUGUAGUACUUUGUUUCAGUAACCAGACAGCAUUAUAAUUACUUUAGGCGUAAGGAUGAGUGCACAUCUACGAUAGAUGAUAGAAACAAGCAAAUAAGGAACGGGAUGGGGAGUUAAUGGGGCGGUCCGAUGGUUUAUGUGAUAAACGGUGCCGAUCCACACGGCAGGACUGGGGAUCAAAUCCCAUCCGGACCGUCCCCCCGUAGGAAGGACUGACUAUCCAGCUACGUGGUAAAAAUAAGUCUCGUAAGCCAGAUAUGGCCGGCAUGACCUCACCCGUCGUUACGCCAAGAAGAAGUAGAUGGGGAGUUAAUCACACUGAAUUUGUUAUCAUACCACUGGCCGCCAUUCGUUGUCUUAUUGUUGCAAUUUUGCACCGACAAUAAGCAGCAAACAGUUCCAUAAUAUCGAAUGCCAACGUGGGGUAGUAUGUACAAGACAUACAGUUAUCCAUAUCUGUGUAUUCAACAUCGACCUUUACUGUUCUCUCCCUCCCUCUUAUGGGAACUCUGUUAAACUAUACGUGCCUAUAUGACAAACAAAAGAGAGAACAUCCCCCGUUUUAGUAGUAUGGUAAGGGAUACUUUUCAUCCUAGUAGGAAAUAGGAAAGAAAGGGUAGGGAAGCCUGUACGUUGCAUUAUAAACUUUCCGUACUAAAAUGUAAGACUAAACUUUAAAAUGAACCAAGUUGUGGAAGUUCAGAAAAAAAAACAAAAACAUCUUCUCAUAAUGGUUGAUCACAUUCUCGAGAAACACUCGAUAGGUUAAAUGGUGCACGCGUUAGUCGAGUAGUUGUAUAAAGGUGGAUAACUAUAAACUCCGAUCCUUUAUGGUGACGUUAUGGUUGAUGUUAAAUCAGUACACUAACGAUGCAGUUGGUACCAAUUUGUGAUCUCAGUCAAAAGUUUCAAGUGAAUAGCUAACGGUCGCAAAAUAAUAACUGAAACAAAUACAAAAAAAAAACACGAACAUCCUUCGGAUUAUUACCUUAUGUAAUACCUUAGAACUUAUGAAUAAUAGCAAUAGCUAUGUUUAGAGUUAUUAAAUCAUCUUGCAGCAGAUUGGAUACAUUAUGUAUGACUAACCUUCGGUUCGCUAGACCGAUAAAAUGAAACUCAAACGUGUGAAAAAAAGAAAAGAAAUAGAAGCAUAUAAAUAGAGAAAGGAAGAAACAGAUGAAAAAUAUAUAGAAACAUUGCAAAACAUAUAGAGCACAAACAUA